AUGGCUCGUAAGGAUGUGCACUUUGACGAUGAGGAUUUUCCGCCGCUGGGUCAAGGAAAUAUCAAACCAAGUAAGAACUCUGCCCCAUCAAGGAAAACGAGCCAAAGGAAUUGGCAAUCAGUGGAUGAAAUGGCCAAACCAACGGAAUCCCAAAUGAACAACAAUGCUACAGUCAAUAGUCAACUGGAAGAUCAAAAUAAUCGAAUGAAUGGUGCUAAUCAUAAGGCAGUUAGCCGUCCUCUCAGGCGAUGUGGAAAAUUUCCCAAUUUUUGUGGUGGCUAUGAAUUUGACCUGGAUACAUUUUAUCCCAUGGAUCCUUUCUCUCGUUUUGUAUGCCCGGUAUUCCAACAAAUUGAAUGCCGUUGUCGUAAUCCUCUAUGUAAAGGCUGCUAUACGGGACACCUCAUGGCAAUAAGGAACCAAGUGGAUUACUAUUUUGGAGAUGAUAAUUAUUUCAGAGACAGUUAUUUGCACAAACGAUUAGACGAAGAGCGCUAUAUUUCUGUCGAUUUGCUGUUACAAUUUCCUCGGAUGAAGUCGCUUAAAGCCACACACGAAGAUGUUGUUAACGCUUGUCUCGGUAGUGCUACUGUUGAAUUUAACUGCGAUGGAAGCAAAAUCCGAAGAAUAGAAAUGUACAAUCAUAUUUCAAGGUUACUUAUCGAUCAGAACAUCGUAACAGUUCCUAUGCCCGCACAACCCCCUCAAGAACAAUUUACUCUACCUAUUGAAUCCGAUGGAAAUAAAAGGGAUGAAAUCGAGGGUAUAAUGGGAGAGGAUGAUGGUAAAGCCAAAGUGAAUGGAAUGGCCACGGAAAAGUCUCUGGAUGGAGAUGCAACAGAAGAAUCUAAAGUUCAAGAAGAAGAGCCAUGGCAGACUCCUUCCGUUAGACGUUCGAAACGGGUUCAUUCUAAAUCGAUGUGCGAAUUUGGUAGCAAACAUACAAGAUCUAGGGAAUCAUCAACAAGUAUUAGAGAGGACGAACUUAUCGAUAGUAUGUAUCUUAUUGUGUCCCCAGAUGUGAUCGGUGAAGAUUUACCUGGUUUUCAUGACAAAUACGCAACAUCACAGAAGCAGAAAUCUUCAGCGGGGGUGUCCCAGCGUGUAUUGGCUAAGCAUCCAGGAGGUGAUAGAAACCCCAGUCAUGAGUCGAGACGCAAGCGAAGAAAUGAUUUUUACGUGCAAAUUAGAGAUCAUCUCAGAAAUUACCGCGAGGGAUUGCGAAAGCGGAUGGGAUCACAAUCAGAUUUUGAUUUUGAUUCAGAUGAGGAGGACGUUACUUUUUCUAGAUCCAGUUCUUACACUGAUGUCAGUUCGACAAUAUCCUCGAGUAAGAUUCAAAUGGUCGAUGAAAAAGCCUUCUCGGAAAUAAAAUCUGGGACUAAUUUGAUUAAUGAUAACGAUUUCGUUGAUUUAAAUCCAACGCCCUUCACUCCUCAAUGCUCUGCUAAUUCUCAGUCUGACGAACCGGUAUUUGAACGACUUCCAUUUAACUAUCCCUUUAACAACGCUUUAUCCUCAGUUAGUCAAUAUUUGCCCUCUUAUCUUUAUCUACCUCCUACUCAAGCAUACUUUCACACAUAUCCGGCUGUUUCCAAUGAGCAAACAAUUCCCAAUAACACUGCUGAUAUAGCUGUGACUGCUAUUCUCAAUGAAAUUAAUUCUGCUAACGCCCCUUCUCCCAAGAAGCAGAUUCGUUUUUCUAAAACUAAAGCAAAACGCCGUGUGGCAGGGUUUCAUGUUGGUAAAGGUCAUGAAUGUUACGACGUUGGCUAUAUUUUUGAUGUGACUGGAAAGCGUAAAAGACGGGACUCAGCAAUGUCUUUCCCUGAAGUAUUUGAAGCUGAGGAAGAAGAGGUACCUAUUGACAAUGGGAUUGAUGUUCUCAUGAAAGAAAGUACUUUGGUCAUCAGGUCCAAUGCUCCUGUUAAAAGUCAAGAGAUAGCGCAUCGUAGAAGAAAUGCCAGAUCCUUCUGUGAUGACACUAUGAAGUCAUCCCGUGGCUCUUCCAUUUCUCGUUCAAAUCCCUGCAAAGUUGUCAGGGAGGCUCUGGAUUCAUCUGGUCUCGCUACUUAUAAAUAUACCACACUGUUUAAUAAUGCAAUGAAUUCAAGGAAGAAAAAUCCUGGUCAUGUUACAAAGCUUAUGAACGUUCUCUAUACAUACUGGUCAUUCUUUUUGCGAGAAGAAUUCGUUCCUAAAUUGUACAAGCAUUUUCGGCGUUUCGCGAGAGAAGAUGCAGCAUUAGGACACCGCUAUGGCAUUGAAUGCUUGUUUAGGUUUUACUCCUAUGGGCUUGAAAAGAAGUUUAAUGAGAACGUUUACAAUGACUUUCAGGAGGAGACUCUUGCGGAUUGCGAUAGUGGCCAUCUCUAUGGUUUAGAGAAAUUUUGGGCCUUCCUGUACUACUCAAAGAGGGAGCCUCCACAUAUGCUUCCUCGCUUAAGCGAACUUCUAAAGAAGUAUAGGUCUAAGGAGGAUUUCCGGAAAAAGGCAAGUUCCAUUACAUUUUCUUAUUUCUAUGCUGUGUUCGAUAUUCCUCAGGGCUUUUUCCAUGGAUUAAAGAAUGGAUCUAAACGCAGUCGUAGUAGAAGUACUAAUGGCCCUAAACCUCAGCUGUCAAAUCCACCUUCCGUUUCCCUUGAACCGUCUAGCAAACAAGAACCUUUGGAAGAGAAUCAGCCCCUCAAAAACAAUCUAUUAAAUGUAACUACUCCGGUUUCGGAUUCACCUUUGAAGCAGGAACCCGUCAAGAAGUGCAACGGAUCUCUUAAGAAGGCUGAAAGUAAUUCUGCUCAGACCGCCGAUAGUUUUGAAGACAAAAAACCAACUGUCGAACAAGAAACCAAGAAAGCACAGGCUCCUCUUUCCACAGUUGUUUGGCCAUCACAAGGUUGGAAGCCUAAGAGGUACGAACCCGUAGUGAAGAAGACGGAAAAUCCUGCCGAAAGCACAAUCUCUUCCCAAUGCCAAACCGAUAAAGCGGGUUCCAGUUUCAAGAGCAAUAAGAACCCUAAAAGGCGCCGUAAACCAAAAGUAAAACAAAAUCCUCAGCAGCAAAGAAAACCGCAAAAUCAGCAAUAA